AUGGUUGACCGUAAAAACAGCAAGGUUGUUAUAAGAGAAUUUAAUGAAGAUAUAGAUGUUAAAAUGGUGAGAAAGCUUGAGAGGAACUGUGAGAUUGGGACUAAAAAGUUGGUCUCCAUUUUCACCAACAUGAUGAGUGACCCUUUAUCUAGGAUUAGGCUCUACCCCCUUCAUGUUAUGCUGGUAGCCGAGCUUCUUGAAAGCAGGGAACUUGUUGGAGUGAUUCGGGGUUGCAUCAAGAGGGUGGGGACUCUUUCUGGAUCACUCUUGAAGAUGGGUUGCAUCCUAGGCCUCAGGGUGUCUCCUACUUAUAGGAGAAAAGGGGUUGCACUAAAACUUGUCACAGCAGUUGAAGAAUGGAUGGUAAGAAAUGGAGCUGAGUACGCACUCCUAGCCACUGAAAAGAAUAAUGAUGCCUCUAAAAACCUAUUUACCACCAAAUGCAACUAUGUGAAUCUCAGCUCACUUGUUAUAUUUGUCCAUCCAACUAGUUCCCUUACAAAGAACAUUUCCACAAGGGAUGUAAUAAUAGAGAAAGUGGACAUAGAUCAAGCAAUUUUGUUAUAUAGAAGAACCUUGAGGGCCAAAGAUUUGUAUCCAUUAGACAUGGACAUUAUUCUAAAGGAGAAGCUCAGCUUAGGCACAUGGGUAAGUUAUUUCAAAGAAGAGGGCUGGCUCAACUUGUUGAAUAAGGUACGUAGUGAAGAUAGUAUUAUUAGCAAAACCUCAAGCUCAUGGAUCAUUUUUAGUAUAUGGAACAAUUGUGAUUAUGAAGCUUAUAAACUUGAAGUUAGAAAGUCUCAGCCACUAAGGUUUCUUCAUACAACUUUAAAUCAUGCAAGAGAGAAAAUUUCCCCUUGUCUCAGAAUGUUGGCGAGUGGCUCACUAUGUAGAUCCUUUGGGUUUCUCUUCCUCUAUGGACUCCAUGGAGAGGGAGAGAACCUUGGGGAGCUUAUGGAGUCUAUAUGGAGAUUCACAUCAAGAAUGGGAGAAGGUAUGAAGGACUGUAGUGUGGUUAUAACUGAGUUAGGGUUCGGCGAUCCACUGGCCAGCCAUGUUCCUCAGACAACUUCUAUGUCAUGUAUUGAUGAUCUCUGGUACACAAAGAGACUUUCAAGCCACGGCGAUGAAAUGGUGAUGAAGGGAGAAGUGGGAAAUGUGUUCGUUGACCCUAGGGAUUUUUAG